UCCCUCGGCCGCUCCAUUGGUGAAUAUGUUGAAUACCAAUUCAAAUGUGACCGCCGAGUCAGUGGAUACGGCUUCCAUUAGUGAUUACCUAGAGGUGAAUUUCGGCAAUUUAAGCUCACAAUCGAAUAUGAGCUUGUUCAGUGCGCAGGGUAGAAGCCUUGUUGACAGAUUCACACGAAAUCGUGCUGUUAGCGACCAGUGGCACUACACACUGAUAAGCAUAUAUGUAACAAUGAUUAUAUGCGGCACCGUUGGCAAUAUACUCGUUGUAAUAGCCGUUGCGAGAAAGCCAAUAAUGCGUACUGCGCGCAAUUUGUUCAUAUUGAAUCUGGCAAUUUCCGAUUUAUUGUUAUGCGUUAUAACGAUGCCAAUAACUUUAGUUGAAAUCCUCUCCAAGUACUGGCCUUUCGGAAUGUUUGAAUUUUUCUGCAAAUUGGUUGCAAUGUUGCAAGCGGUGAGCAUUUUCGUAUCGACGAUUUCAAUAACAGCCAUAGCCUUUGACAGAUAUCAGCUGAUUGUGUAUCCAACGCGGGAGAGUCUUCAAGUAGGCGGUGUCAUCAGCAUACUCGCCUGCAUCUGGCUACUGGCUGUGCUAUUGGCUAGCCCACUCUUCAUCUACAAGCAGCUGGAGGAAGCAGAAAUUCCGCCACUGCUGCAAGCACUGGGCAUCCAUGGUGUUUGUUUUUGUGUGGAAGAUUGGCCACUUAGCAACGGACGUUUCUACUAUUCAAUAUUUUCACUAUGUGUGCAAUACUUGGUGCCGAUAGUUAUAGUUUCCGGUGCGUAUCUUGGCAUUUAUAGGAAACUGCAGAGUCGCACCACUGUUGUGGCAAUGCAAACGCCACAACGUAAAGCCGAACGUGGACGACGUAUGCAACGUACAAAUUGCUUGCUAAUCACAAUUGCGCUAAUUUUCGGCAUUUCAUGGAUGCCCUUAAAUCUUUUCAAUUUAUAUGCAGAUAUGCGUAGUCCGGUAGCGGUGACGGAGAGUAUGCUAAUCGCCUAUGCGUUCUGUCAUAUGUUCGGCAUGAGUUCGGCCUGCACGAAUCCCUUGCUCUAUGGAUGGCUGAAUGACAAUUUCCGUAAAGAAUUUACAGAAUUAUUAUGUCGUUCUAAUGAAAACACUAAUGUUGCUCUUAAUGGUCAUACGACAGGGAGUGCACAGGCGUGUCGAAGACGAAAACAUACCGAAAUAUCCGGCAAAGGCGAUUUGAAGUUAUUGCACAACGGUAAUGGUGCUGGCGUUCGAGGUGCUCUCACCGAAUCGAUGGCGUUGACCGAAAAUCCCAUUUCAAUGGAGCUGACAACAAUUACAGCGGUUCAAUGACAACC